AAUUAGUCUGAUAUAUAUAUAUAUAUAUGUAUAAUUUAUACAUCCAUCAUCUAUCCAGUACUCUACAAAAAACAAGUUAACUUUUCAUUUUUUUAAAAUACGAUUAUGCCAUGUGCGGGAAUUUUGUCACCUAUAACCAUGGAUACAUCAUCAUCUUCAACAAGCCAAAUUAACACUUGUAAAUCAAUUGAUUUUUGUCUUCCUGAAAUUAACUCACCUUCAACACAUACCUUUGAAAACUCUGAUUACAUGGGAUCAGGACAUCGCGCAAAUAGUAAUAAUAAUAAUAAUACUGAUAAUAAUAAUAAUAAUAUUAAUAAUAAUAGUAAUAAUAAUAUCGAGAUAAAUAAUCCUGAUAAAACUCAGAAUUUCUCUCCUGAUUUACCGCAUUUAUCGUAUACAAUGGUUAGUACACCACAACCGCCUCCAUUGGACUUGUCCAAUAUACCUCAUUCUCCGAAUAAACCACAGAAUAUAGAUUUCAUGGAGAUAUCAAGUGGGAAAAUGCAAAACUCACCGAAAACUAUUGAUUCACAUGAAAUGAAUACUUCUACCGCCGCUACUGUUGCUGUCACUACUACCAUUAGUAGUAUAGGAAAUACAAAUCAUGAUAUAUCGAUUAAUAGUAAAUCAAAUGUAAAAUGUGAAAUGAAUUCAUCUCCACAUGGUUUAAAUCUUGUUGUUCCCACUAUGGAAAAAUUAGUCAAUGUUGACUGGAUUGAAGCAUUAAAACAAUAUACUGAGCCACAGAUGUCAAUAAAAAUGAAUACUAAUACUCAAAAUUUAGAUGAUGAAAUAGAUUUAACUAAACUAUCUGAGAAUAAUAAAAAUAAUAAUAAUAAUAAUAAUAAACUAAAUAGUGAACAAAUAAACUUCAAUCCAUACACACCAUCACCAGAUCUUACGGCACAUUUUCAAGCAAUGUUAACUAAUUUAAGUGAAUUUUUAUUUAAUUCUUCACAAUUAACAAAUUUUUCAAAGAAUCCCACUAUUGAUAAUUUAAAUUAUUCCUCACCAUCUUCAGCUACAUCUAUUAGUGUACCAUUGCCUGCUUGUUCUACUAGCCAAAUAAAUUCAGAUAAGUUGAAACUUGAUAGUCUAAAUCAACAACCGAUCAGUUUAUCUAAUUCUAUAUUUCCACAAAAUUUUAUUGAAAAUCAAACAGGUCCCACUUUAUUCAAUGUAGCUGAUCUUAGUUCAACGAAUCCGUCAUUAGCAAUAACAGCUUCCUUAUUAAGUUUACUAGUCGGGGGUCAAAAACCAACUUCAUUUCUUGAACAGUCUUUACCACAAUCUUCUACAUACUCAAAAUGUCCAAUAUCUUCACCGAAAUCCGGUCAAUCUUCGGAUUUUUAUCCUCAACAGUUUUUAGGAAAUACAUCUAAAUUUCCGCCGCAACAACCAUCAUCAUCAUCAUUAUCAUCGUCACAGGUUCCUCCAUCAAAAAUGUCUAAAUCUCCCAUUUCAUUGCAACACACACCUCUUCAGAGUUCUUUUGGUCCACCUCCAUCACUAGCACCUGCAUCAUGUGCACUAGCAGAUUUGCCUAAUUUCAGUGAAUCGAAACCAUCAGAUCCACGUGAUCUACUCUAUCAACUUGGACAACAGCUAAUGGCUAUGGCAACAUCUGGUUUAAAUGGUUCAAGAACUACUACAGACUUAUGGAAUAUAAAUAAUAUGGAUGGUAAUUAUAAUUCAUUGAAUUCAACAUCACUAAGUAAUCGUUUAAAUUCUGCAUACAUUCAACCACAUAUUAGUUCGAACACUAGUCACAUUCCUGAACAAGUCAAAUCACCAUCGUCAUCUUUAGUACCAUCUGCGUCAUCGUCAUCAUCAUCAUCAUCAUUUAAUACAAGUGGACUGGACAAGAGUUUUCAUCAUGUUCAACCUCCACUUCAGCAACAUCAUCCUAACACGAAUACAGGACCAUUCAGUGGUAUAUCGAUGCGUGGUAAUCAAAAGUAUAGUGCAUAUUAUCAACAUCAAAGGAAACAAGGUUUUCAAACAGGUGGAAAUUAUGAAUAUGUUAAUAAUACAGUUGGCAGACGUCAAAGAAAUUCCCUUAGCCCUUUGUCAACGAAUACACGUUAUAUAGGUCGUCGUUUAAGAAGUGGUUUAAACAAUGCAUUACUCUCUGGUACAAAUUUAGAAAUGAGAAAUUCACAAAGAUUUUCAGCCAUAAGAAAUCAAACAGCAUUAACAGGAAAUACUACUAAUAUUACUAAUAGUAACAGUAAUAACACUGGUAACACAACCAAUAGUGGUGGUAAUCUCUCAAAUUUCCGAGGAAAUACAACAUGCAGAAUGAUGUCUAAUCUAGGAAAUAUAACUGGUAGUCAUGUUCUGAAUCCUAUGAAAUCCCGUCUUCAAACCGAAAACUUAAAUAACACUACUCAUGGACAUAUUAGUAGUAACAAUAACAGUACCAAUAAUUCAUCUCAACAGACUACACGUCAUCGAGAAACAGCAUUCAUUUGCAGUUGUGGUAAAGACUUUGAAAGUCUCUAUAUAUUUACUUUACAUAUGAAAGAUACUGGACAUAAACCAAAAUGUGAUCAAACUGAAAAAGAUAUACCGAAAUUAGUAAGAGGUCAAGAUAUGUGGAUUAAUAGUGAAACAGAACAAACACGUGAAAUACUUCGUUGUAUGCGUUGUCAUCAGUCAUUUCGUAGUCUUCCUGAGCUUACAAUGCAUAUGAUGAAAACGAAUCAUUAUUCUGAAAUAGUAUAUAACGAUUCCGGUCGAUGUGUCUUUGUUAAUCCUGAUGAUAAUCGACGAGGAGGUGGUAGUAGUACUGUAGGUUCUGGUCAUUAUUCAGGAAGUAAUAAUCUAUCUCAUACACUCGGAAAGUCAGGACUAUCUGUUACAGGUACUUUUGGUGGUAGAAGAUCAAACAGAAACAUGAAUACGAAUUGGUUAAAUAGUACGCAAACCAGUUAUUCAAAUGUGCGCUUAUCAUCGAAUGAAGAAUCGAAUUCCACAAUGAAGCAGAAUAUUCAACAACAUACUCUUCCAUGUGAUAAAUACGAUAGUGAUAAUUCAGGCGAAAUUUCAAAGCGAUCUGGACACUCAGAUGAUGAACGUAAUCCAAACCAACUGUCUACAUCUAAAGAAUAUCAUGAAGAAGUGAGAAAUGACAAUGACGAAAUGCAUGAUAAACAUCAAGCAGAUAUUAAAAAUAAUUUUAAUUCAUUAGCAUCACCAACAUCAUCUCAACUCGGUGUCUCGUUAUCACCAUCUUCUACAUUGUGUAGAAAUGAAGAAGAAAACCAACAAUCUACCAAAGCAGUUUUGGCAUAUGAUGAUGAUACUUUAGAUACGGUUACUAAGAAACAAGGCACAGAAUUAUUAGAAAGUGAAGAUAACAAUAAUAUAUUGCAACAAAUUGAAUCACUUGUUGAAAAACGUCUUCCAGAGACAUCAGUUAAUAAUAAUAAUAAUAAUAAUAAUAAUAAUAAUAAUAAUAAUAAUAAUAAUUCAUCAAGUAACAAUGAAUAUUCCAAUCAAAAUUUCAUUCAAUCCACUUCAUCUGAAUCGAUUAAUAAUGUUGAGGAAAUCAACUCGCCAACAAUGAAAUUAUCACCGAAAUUGCAUCGUAAACGUACCUACUCUGAAGCUGGUAUCGAUAUGAAUUCGGUUUCAGAUAUUCCAACUAAUCAUAAUAUUUCUACAUCUGUUGACAGUGUCACUUAUUCUCCAACUUCUAGUCAUAUUACUGUGUCAGGAAACGAAUCGAAUUCUAAUGAGAAACUAGAUGCUGAAAUAACAGAUAUCAAACAAGCGAUACCAGUCACUACAAAUUCACCAAAUACAUCAUCUAAAGUAUCUAGUACAAGUGAAAUGAAUGUAAACUUCUCCGAGAGUCCUUUAUCAUCAUUACAAAAAUUAGUGGAUACAACACAUAAACCAAUUAAAUCUUCAAAUGUAUUAAAUUCAAGCUUUAAUUUAACAAGCAGCAAUAAUAAUAAUAAUAACAAUAAUAAUAAUAUAAUACCAACUAAUAAUAAUCCCAAUAAAUUUUCAAGAUCUCAUGGCCUCCUAACAAACACAACUACAAUACACUCACAAUAUUCACCGAAUAAAUCCGGCAUUAAUACAUGCCCUAAUUCACCAUAUUCCGCUCAUUCUACAAUUUCUUCUAGUAAACUUCAAACAAGUCCUUUGUCAUCACCGAUAGGUGAAAAUGAUAAUUUAAUCCCAGCAUUAUCAGCAUUAUAUGCUUAUGUUGAAAGAUCUUCUUCUUCAUCAUCGUCGUCAACAGCACAACAUCGUGAGAAUCAGUGUAAUUUUAAAGGGGAAUUAGCUUCUCCUAAUAAUAAUAGUAAUAAUAACAAUAAUAAUAAUAAUAAUUGCGAAUCAAGUAAAGAUAAUCUAUUAAUCAAUGAUUCUGAUAAAUUGAAUGAUAUGAAUUACAGUGUAUCGUCAUCGCCGUUGCUCAAUCACUUAUCCACUGCCACUAUGAAUUCCAAUGCACCGAACUAUCCUUGUAGUAACAAUUCAACAAUACCCUUGUCAUCACAAUCAUCAACACAACAAUCCACAAGCAUGUCACAAAUGUUACCCACAUUACCCAUACCUACUCAUCCAUUGAUACAAGCAAUUUAUGAUGCUGCCAUGUCUAAUUUAGCAGGACAAUAUUUCAAUCCUCAAAUUUCCACAUGUUCAAAUAAUACAUUGAUUAAUGAUCCUUUAAAUGCUUUUAAAUACGCCGCAAUGAAUUUUAAAGAAGCCUUAAAUUCAUUUGAAGUGAAUUCAACAAAUUUACAAUCAAAUGCAUUACAAUCAUCAUCAUCAUCGUCAUCGUCUACAACAACAUCAACAACAACAACAACAAUGCUACCAUCCAUAGGAAUGAAUGAACAUAAAGGAGAUUUAGCCAAUAAUUGGCUUACAAUGUUACGUUCCUUAGUUGAAAAUACCGAAAAAUUGGAUGGAAUUAAUUUUGGAUGUUGUAAAUCGAUGAAUUCUAAUUCUGAAUCACAAAACUCCAACAUCACUCCAACGCCUGAUAGAUUUGAAGAUCAUCGACUAGAUGAUUUUUCGUUACAUUCGCCAAAUUCAAAAUCAUUGCCCAAUUCUGGCAUACAUGAACAAUCCAUAUUGAAUUCACAGGCAAAAAUCUUGCCAUCUUUACAAAAUGAUUCAAUGCAUUUAGAGAUGAGUCGCAGUAGAUCAAAUUAUUCGUUUACUUCAACUUUACCAUCAUCGGCAUCAUCACCAUCGUCAUUAUCCUUGUCAACGACAAUAUCACCAGUGAUGAAUACACCGAAUAUGUUGUCAGUUAAUCGGUUAAACAAUAUCCCAUCCUCAUAUCAUUCGGCGAUAAAUCGUAGUUUAAGUUCAUAUACUCCUGUUAAUAACAAUAAUAAUAAUAACAACAACAAUAUUAGUAGUGGUAAUAUUAAUAAUGCUAACAAUAAUAACAUAAUGACAACUAUUACUAAAAAAGCUAAAUGUCAUUUCUGUGGUAAACCAUUCGCGAAUAAAGGUCAAGUACGACUGCAUAUCAGUAAGAAUAAGUGUCCAUGUUUAAUUCAACAAUCAUGUCAUGUAGCAGCAUUAGCAGCUACAUUUGGAUCAAAUACUAAUAGCAAUGCUAAUGCAAUGAUAAAUAACAAUAAUAAUAAUAAUAAUAAUGUUAGAAAAAUCCCGCAAUCUAUCGGAACAAUGAAAUCAAGUCCAGUCAGUACGUAUUUAUCUUCCAUGGCAUGUAAACGUAGUAACAACAAUAAUAGUAGUAAUAAUAUCAUCACUACUACUACCAAUAAUAAUAGUAGCAAUAACAUUAAUCAGACCUUUAUCGACCCAAUACAUCACUGCACAUCUAAUUCUCCUGGACCCAAUUCAAAAGAAGAGUUGAUUAGUACUCCAUCUGCAUUGAGCUUGUUAAAAGAACGAUUUCAAAAUUUUGAUGUGAAUCAAAAUUCAACUCAUUAUCCCAACUUCUCUUCAUAUUUACCUACAAAUGUAAGUAAUUCAUCAGAGUUCAAGCUAACUCCUUCAUCAUCGUCAGCGAUAUCAUCAUCGUCAAGCAGUGUCUUCCCAUAUUCAAAUAAAACUUCCACGCCUUCGAUUCCAGCAUCAUCUUCCGUGUCUAAUGCAUCAUGGUUAGGUGUAUUAAAUGGCAUGGCAACAAUUCCAAACUCUCAGUUAAAUAAAGAUGCUGAACUGAUGAAUACUUCAAUUCCAGGGACAGCUUCUACUGCUGCUGCUGUAAAUGCAGGUCAUCUGGCUGCUAUGGCAUUACUUGCUCAAACCCUUGUUCAAUUAAAAAAUACAACUCAGUUAGCUCCAACAUCGAAUGCACCCCUAUCUCAAUUAAUGGAUAGUGUUACUAAUAUUAAUAGUGGUAAUACUAAUACAACUUCACAAAAACCAAAUUCUUCCGAAAAUUUGCUUGAGUCAAAUAACCCACUUUUACCACUUCUUGCUUCUCAGUUUCUUAAUUUAAAACCUUCUAAUCAAACAAUACAACCUGAUAUGCCAAUGAACUUUAAUUUAGAAACUUUUUUCAAUCAAAUGAAUAUGGCCAAACAGUUGAACUCACUUAAUUGGCCAUUGAAUAAUCAAGGCAUGAAUAUGGAUGACAAUCAGCCAUGCCGACAAUCUCAACAAUCUCGACCACAACAACAUUGAUUUUUUUUAUUCAGUGAAAUUGGCACUACACACUAUUUUCACUGGGUUUGUAAAACAAUUCUUAUCUUUAAACAAUCUCAUUAUUACAAACUGUCACUUAUUCGCAUAAAAUCAAUCAGUAAUAUGAUCAAUAAAUUAUAUGUGUGGCUUUAUACUGAGUCAGAGCGCCAUGAUCAGUAAUUUGGGGACAAAAAAAUAACCCUGCAAACUACAAUCAAUUUACUUUGACAAAGUUUAUAUUAUUCAUACUGGAAACUAAUCCAGAGCUUUUAAAAUACUAACAUAAAACACUACUUUUGAUAAAUGUUUAUUUGCACAAUCAUCAGAACACUUUUUCUCUUUUUAAUUAUGUCUGUAUAGAAUUUACUUAUUAUUGUUUAGAGACUAUUACUUCCCUGUAAAUAAUAACUAUAACUGGCUAUUGUUGUAUGCGAACUAAUCAUAAAAUGUUGACACUUCUAUUACUUAUUGUAUGUAGUUAAACCACCACCUAAUUCAUUGAUUUCGUAAAUUGUAAUCAGGAUAAAAUCAUUGGUAAUCCCUAUUCAUGAAAAAAUAAAGUCUACUAACAAUAAAUUAUUGUGAUAAUUAAAUAAAAAAUUAUUGGUUGAAUUCUUUUCUAUUUAUUUCACUAAUUUUGAUCCUUGAUUUUUUUGUCUCUUCAACGCUUCUUCAUUUGGUAUUUGUCUGUGUUUUGUUGAGAUCAAUGAAACUAAAAGUCACGUCUAGUCGUUUCUUAACUCUUGCUUUCGUCUCAAUGAGUUGAUGACUCUGAACAGUAAGAGUAAAUGUCCACUAAUCAUUCAUUCGUUCAUGCAUUCUGUUAUUUAUUUAUUAAUUUUUAAAUCACUUAUUCAAUCGGUCAGUAAUUGUACUUUGUUAACAACGAACGAUAGAAGUUUCUCUAAUUCUCCUCUUCUGACUAUCUUUAUUUAAAAAACAAACUCACUGUUAUUUCAAUACUAUCUUCUCCUAUUUUUAUUAUUCACUGAUGAAUACUUUCAUCUUUGUCGAAUUUUCCAUUGAAAUAGCAAUUAGAAAAUCUAUUUUAAUGCGUUGUUGUACUUUUUCUUUUUUUUUUCCAACCUUUUUUCUCGUAUAUACAUUUUCUGAGUAUUUCUUCUUCUAACCUGCCUACUUAAUUAUUUAUUUUGUUUUCAGGUUACGUUUAACUUUGAUCACAUAAAUAUAUAAAUAUACACGAAAAUGUAUAGGAGCAUCACCGGUUAAAUUAUUUGCUUUCAUGUUAUUGUCGUCGUUGCGGCCGUUUCUUCUCAUAUUUUUCUCUUAUUGCUAAUUUUUUUCUUUGUUUCUUUCUUUCUUUCGUAUUUCCUCUGUAUGUACAAAUGUCAUAUUUAUAUAUUUAAAUUUUUUUUUUUGAAGUAAAUGAAAUUAUAUCUCAGUAGUUUCA